UUGCGUUUUUUACAUGGUAAUUGAUGUCAUACACAGAGAAAAGAACAGCCAUCAUUGAUAUUUUGGAUGCUAUUUUGAUGAACUGAUAGCAUUUUACCGUGAGUAUGAUUCAUCAAGAAAAUCAGGCACACUUUGUUGCAAUCAAGAAAUUUGACUGUGAUAAGAGGACACACCAGCAUGCCAUUUAUGCUUAAAUAUUAGGUAUAAUGAAUGGUGCCUUAUCCAUCCUACAACCAUUUUGUGAAGUAAUUUGAGCAGUUCAAAAGUCAUUUAAACUCUGACAGAUAUUUUGAGAAGUCGUUCUUGUUCAAAUGAAAUCUUUUGAGAGGAAAAUUUUCCUCCCUUUUCCAGUUGACAUUAACAUUCAUGCGUGAUUUAUUUGAACUUUUUGGUUAAUUGAGUUAAUGUCCAAAGCACUGUUUGAGUUAGGUAAACUGAGGUGGUUAUGAUGUAUGAUUUAAUUAGUUGUAAUUAUGCUUUGUUGCUAGUUGUUACAGUAUUUAAUAUUAAGAUGCAAUAGUUUUGUAUGUUAUUUAGUUAGGUUUAUUUCUAUUUUAAAAAGUCCCAUGGGCCUCUUUAGUACAGUAUUUAAUGUUUUCAUCUUGUUGUAAUAGUUUGAGAAACCCUAAUGGAAUCUCCACAUUUGAUCUUGUCUCUAAAUUUCUCCCGGCUCUUCCAAGAGUUUUCAUAAGUAUAUAUAACUUCUAUCAUCUUUGGUCACUAAUCGAAAUAUAAGUUGUUUUUGAAUUGUUAAAAAUGAAAAAGGAGAUGCCAGGUAUGAGACCUCAAUGCAUUGAUCUUAAAAAUUUAAGCUUUUCAUCAAGGCAACAACGUCCGUAUGGGUAGUGAGUGAAGGUUGGUAUGAUAAAUAGGUUAGUAAGAUUAGGAGCUAUCUGAUGGUUAUGAUAUUUUUUAGCCUGUUGGACUUUUGGCGAAUCCUGACUGACUUGGGAGCCAUAGAUAUAAGAUCAGUCUUCAGAGACAUAUUUGAAGUUAAUUCAAAUUAUUUGAUGAAACUUAAAUAUUAGCUGCAGUUCGAUUUGUAAAAACUCAACAUGACAAACUAGGAAUUAAGUUAGAUAAAAAGGCUCCACUUAAUGACCAUUGGCCUUUUUUAAUGAAUAAAGUCUUCGAUGUGAUAGAACUGAUGAUGGUGAACUGGCUGGCACAGUGUGUUACAAACUAUAACAUGUGAUUUAUCUAUUUGCUUGAUGUUAAAAGGCCUUCAGGAGGUGGUUAGUUUGCUUUGUGGUGUAUUUGGUGAGUUCCUUCUUCUUGUUUGUUUUUUUUAAAUGCAGUAGUUAAGUCAGAUGUGAAGUUUGUAUAUGUAUCAUUGUCUGAUGGAAUCUUUCUAUAAAGCCAUUUCUACUUGUAAAAACCACGUGGCAGCAUUGGAGUUGGUUUUCUAAUCAUUGUUUCAAUAGGAUUUUGAAGCUUACACCUCGGGGGCAGAUUAAGUAACUUUUAUAUCUAGCCUCUAGAUGUAUGACUUCCUUAGACCAUAAAAGCCUUACGUCUUCCUAAAACUACUAAGUAUUAAAUUCUUCUUGUUAUGCAUUUCUUGUCUAUUUCAACUUUAUGGACACAUUCUGUCUAGUUCUUAUUUGAAUUCUUUCUUCUUUGUCGGUUGGGAAAAAUAUAUUUUCUAAAAUCAUGGGUUUGAAGUAAAAGACAAGAAAACUGGGUUUGUUUUUUCCAAAAAUGUUCUGCAGAUUGAAUCUUGGUAAGUUGCUCUAAACAUGUAAUAUUGAAAACCAAAAAACAAAACUUAAGAAACCAGAGGCGAAAUAAAACAAGUUGUGAAGUAGAUCUUUGGAAUAAGAUGAUAUAUGCACUAUUGAUUUUUAUAUACUAGUUUUCCAUACCGCAGGGCUUCAUCUGAACAAAAAAGGUGAAAGACAAAGGUUAAUAAGCAUUUAAAGAAAACAGGGAAAAGAAAAAGUAAAAGAAUUAUUCUCUUGAUUUGCUCAAUCUCUGAUAAUGCCGCGACCGCUGGUAGUGUAUGAUGUUUUAAUUUGAGGUCCUUAUCAUAGGUUAUAUGAUAUUGUCUGAUGUUGACUAUUCCUUUGAUUCCCUGAGAUUCUGCCCAUCUCUGUUGCUUGCAGCCUGCAGGGUGCCACCCCACAAACGGAUGUUACAAAUCUUUUAACUUGGCCACCACCACGGACGAGGAUUGAUGCCUGCCCAUUCCUGAUGAAGAAUCAUCGGGAUACGAGAUUUGCAUUUGGUUCUCCAUCUUCCUUAAUACUCUGGCAGAGGAAUAGACGUUUCCCUGGGCCUUCUGCCUAGUCUGUGGGUCUGUGGUGUCACUGCAGUACGAAAGUAGUCUCAUCAAGGCCUUUUCUAUCAUCUCUUUUGCCUUGCCAAUCAGAAAAAAUGCUCACAAGAAAUGCCACCUCCUUUGACCUGACGUUUCUUAGUAUAUCAAAUCAACCACCACAGUCUCAGCCAGUGAUGGCUCAACAGGAUGAUGGAUGGCCUUUGGGAUUAAGAAUGCUAAAUGCUAGAGUUGGAUUGCUGGAAAAUCGAGACUUUCCUGGAUCAAUCUCCUUCAACACUUUGCCUACCGGAUCUCCCAUCUCCUUUACUGACUCUUCAGUUCUUGACUCUGAGUCAAGUGGGUCAUUCUUCCAUUCUAAAAGCACCACUCUGGGUAGCCUACUCGGUGGUUCUACUUCUAACAUCAUGGAACUCUCAAGAAGAUCGUCAAGAGAAGGUAGCACAGAAGCCAGCCUAGGAGUAGACAGAAAGAUCAAUAACUACUUCAAGUUCAAGUCCAAGCAAUGGCUAUUUUCCCUGUGCUGUAAACUGAGCACCGAUGCCGUGAUCGCCACUAGAACUCACUCGCUGGCUCACUUUCUAGAAUUGGAGAGGAAACGAACUGCAACCGCAGCUGCCGCCCACCCUCGGCCAAUUGUCGGAAGAUCCAACGAUAAUUUAACCAGUUGAAACAGUGUUUUCAUUAGCCAAUGGCAAUGAGCAAAUAGGAAGAGGCCAAGGAGAGUGGUUAUAAUCGAUGGGGGGGAAAAUGGGAAUGGGGUUCUUUGGUGUUGUUUUCAUCCUCUGCCUUCAGACAAAAUUAUUAGGCUGCCAUUCAUAAUACCGUUAAAUGUGGCAGUAGUGAGAUGCUUUUCUGGGUCUUCAUCAACUGUUUUGAGAUCUGACUUUGAUCUCUUAAAUCAGGUACUCAACAACCCUUUACUUUAAAA